AUGGUUAAAUCAAAACUUGAUAAAAAAUAUUUUAAGAAAUCUCAAGAGUUUAAUGAUGAUAUAGAGCAAGUUGAGGAUAAUUAUAACAAUGUUGAUGAAUAUAAAAUACAAGAAAUCAAUAGUGCAAAUGAAAUACAAAAAGCUAAUAGUUAUCUUGAAGAAGUAAAAGAUCAUGAUUAUGAUAUAUUACAAGAGUUUUAUGAUGAUUUUAUACCAUUGCUAUAUGAUUCUAAAAUUAGAGAAUGUUCUAAAAACAUAUUAGCUUUAGAAAUUAUUGAAAUUAUAGACUUAGAUGAUGAUAUAAAUAAAGGUAGUGAUAGGCAAAUUAAAGAUUUUAAAAAACUCACAUAA